CAGUCACCAUUUUGAAUUAUGUGGUCUUUUUGAGGUCUUCCUCCUCCCAGUCGGUGUGGUCUGCAUUCCAUCAUAUGAGAGGAAUAUAUAAACAACCACAGACAUUUCAAAACAUACGAACGAAAAUCACUAUGUAUAAAUCACAUAUAUGUAGCCGGCAGUGAUUUAGCAUCCGGUGGGUGGCAGUGUGUGUGUUGCUUCUGAGUCAGACAAAGAAGAACCAACGAAGAAGAAAAAAAACAACAUGGCGGCUGGUUACGCCUGGUUUCUCGUUUUAGGCUCAGUUUUCCUCUGUAAUCUGAUGAAAACACUCUUGCCGAGUAUUUCCUCAUUUCUCUGCAAGACGGUCCAGAAGGAUGCCGAAGAGGAGACCGAAAUGAGGGCAGAAAUCCAGGCGAUGAAGAAGGAGCAGUCGUCUAUCAGCAUGAUGGAUCAGUUCGCUCGGUAUGCACGAUUGGAUCGCAAGAUCAACAAAAUGACGGAUAAGCUCAAAACACAUGUAAAAUCCAGGACUGGACAACAAGCCAAAAUGAAAUGGGUUGUCAGCAUUGUGUUUUACAUACUGCAGGCUGCAUUGAUGAUAUCUUUGAUAUGGAAGUAUUAUUCUGACCCAGUGACAGUGGUUCCUAGUAAAUGGAUUGCCCCCGUGGAGCGCCUUGUUGCUUUCCCAACUGGAGUCACUGGUGGAGUGGGGAUCACAUGCUGGUUGGUAGUGUGCAACAAAGUGGUUACGCUGGCUCUCCAAGCAUUCAGUUAAAAAAAAUGAGCUGCAACAUUAAAAGUUCCUUACAACUUGUGUUGUUGAAAUACAUAUCCCAUCAUUGGGCACAUUUUAGUAUUGUCUGUCUGGCUUUGUGACAUAAGUUUUGAGUGACAUGGAGGUAUUUUUUAUUGAUAAUUUAUUAUGUUGUCUAUUUAUUUUAAAUUAAUAAGGUUGUGAAUGUCUAAAAACUGUUUUUUUUAAAUAAAACAUUUGGAAAAACAA